CCAUUCUCCAUACGCCGCGCUUUGGUUGUGAAGCACUUUCUUCUGUGCGUUAAUACCUUCAAUUAUUUUCGUUUCGAUACGUGAAUUCCUCCCACAAAUGAUAAGAGUGCUUAGACAGCUUCAAGUUCUUGCGAGAAAAGCGUUCAGCAAAAAGUAUCUCCUGCUAACCAACGUCGGGAUCUCUAUCAGUUUAUCAGGGGUCGGUGACAUAAUUGAACAGCAUUACGAAAUCUAUACCAACAGUUUGGAAUGCUGGGAUCGAAUUCGAACGAGGCAAAUGUCCAUCUCCGGCAUGACUGUCGGUAUUUUUUGCCACAACUGGUACAAUUUUAUGGACCGAAGGUUUCCCGGCCGAACGCUGGGUAUCGUACUGAAGAAGGUACUGAUUGAUCAAACCGUGGCGUCACCUAUAGUGAUAUUUUUGUUUUUUGCCACGCUGAGUGUACUGCGGAAAGCUUCUCUGGACGAAACGAUUCAAGAGAUGAAGGAUAAAUUCAUACGGCUGUACACGGCCGAGUGGGUCGUAUGGCCACCAGCGCAGUUGUUCAAUUUCUAUCUCCUACCCACCAAAUAUCGCGUUCUGUACGAUAACACUAUAUCGCUAGGGUACGAUGUUUACACCAGUUAUGUUAUAAAUGAAAAAAUUGAACACGGUGAAGCUUGUAGUUGACCAAGGCGCUAGGAUCAUUCGGAUGUUUUAGGGUAUUGAAACUAAUUCAGCAAAAAUGUAGAAAAUUAUAGGUUUCAAAUUAUGAAAUUCUUAUUGUUAAUAGACAAAUUACACGUUACAAUUCAACAGUCGAGCAAUACCUUAAUGGACAAUUUUCUGAUAAUUUAUAAACAGAAGAUCACAAGAAUACGAUGGUUUCAGUUAAGCACAUUGCUGUUGUGUUCUGUUGAGUUGUUUUAAACUUCGUUCUGUAUGUUCUCAAGAAGUAAAACGAAAUGAGAAAUAAAACUAUAAAGUUCAAAUUAAUCAAUCCGGUGCCGAAUUAAUGAAAGAAAUCCAUUUCAUUUGAAGGAGUUACAUGUCAGUAGUUUAUAAUUGAUUCAGCUAGGUAUUAAGAUUUUUAUGGAGCACAAUUUCUUUUGCAUACAUUGUAAGCUUACUUAUAAAAGUUAAGUAUUUCAGAGUCUGAUAUAGAUAUUUGACGAAAAUUAGUUAGCGAUUGGCCAUACAUCUCAUGCCAAAGUAACGAGUUCAAAUCUUAUCCCCGGAAAAGUAAUGAAUGACCUACGUGACUAAUAAUAUAUAUAAAUAUAUAUAUAUAUGUAUCGAUUGUAAAUUAUCUUAGUAUUAUAAUUUGCAUUGAAAGCUAUUUGUAUUGAUCAGACAAUAUCGUAAAAACUACAAUACAUCGUUGUCCCAUGCAUAAGAGCCCAUGGAGAAAUAAAUCUUCAAUAGUUUUUUUCUAGAUGGGACUUAUGUGCUAUUUUAGCCAGCUGCUUCUUACAAAAUAAAAUCGCAGUGAAUUCGAUUUGGUUUUAAAUUUUAAAUCUAAUUAAUUUAAAUUUCAUUUUUUGACUAUGUUUGUUUUUCAUUUCUUAUCUGGCUACCUAUUUUUUGCACGGCUACGAACAAAAACCACCUUUACUGUUUUGACGAGAGAAGAAAAUUUUACUGCAGCCUUACCUUUGAAAAAGCUUUUCGCUGUGUGCUUAGAUAUUUCUUACUAUUUUGUGGCAAUUUAUUAGAAAACAAUUUUUUCAUCCAUGAUAGAUAGGGGAAUGUAAGGUAAGAUGGGCAUAUGGAACAAGGGAACAUCGUCUAUAAACCACAUCUUUUGACAAUUGAACUAGGGUAAAAAUGUAUACCCUACCCGUGUCUCCUUGAGAUCGUCAUUGUGCACGGUCCAUACAAAUUUAAAAAAAUUUGUAUGAAAAAAAUUGUCUAUGCAGGGGAAGGGGGGGGGGGUCAAGAAUCCCAAAAAAAAACUGUCUACGUAGUUAAUGAACAGCCCCUUAAUGGCUCAAGGGGGUUUUCCAUCUUUGAAAAUAUAACAAUAGGAAAUAAUUAAUUCUUUGGAUAUACG